AUGACAAGCCAAUGGCACGAAACGAUCCAACACAAACCACUCCUAAACUCGCCACAGUAUGACUCAUAUGAUCCGUUCGGCCGUGCCUACCUCUAGGCGUGAGUCGUGACCUUUUGCGAAACGUUCACCCAAAUGAACCUGCCCCAAAGUCUGACAAACAGAAUGUAGUGGGAUUUUACAAUUCGUUGUAUUCGGUUCCUUUCAUCUCAGUGUAAGGCUUUCAACAUAGAUUCUCAUUUGAUUAUCGUUUUUGAUUUUUAAAACCCUAAACUUUUAGAACCCUUUUGAUUUUAACGCGGUCAAACUUUUCUGCUUCCUUAACUUACAUGGGUUUUUCUUCAAUUGUUUGAUCUAGUCAAUUUUCAAAUUUUCAGGGUCUAAAAAUUCCAAAACGCCUUGUCUUGCUUAAACGCAUGCACGUUUGAAUACUCAAUCAAUUUUUCUCAUUUGGGUAAUUGGGUUCUUUUCAAUUUGUCGGUUUUUGUUCAUCCAGAAGCAAUUUCUACAUUAAUUCAACUAGAUGUUGCCCAAAGUUCAAUGUUUUUGAUUUAGGCUUUGUGGGUCAGCUUCAAACCAGUCAAAUUUGCUUAACUUUUGUAAUUUCUAGUGAGAAUUGAAUUGGGAUUUCAAUAUGUUUUCACUGCUGCAUUAAAGGUGAAAUUUAGUUGCAAUUUCCCAAACUUUACAAAUUCCCUUUUGGGAAAGGGUUUUUUUUUCCUUAUUUUUGUUGGUUGAAGAUUUGAGGUUUUGGGUUUAUUGAUGAAAUGAAAAGGGAUUAUUGUGUUUGGGAUGGUGAAGCUGCAAAAGAUGCAUAUAAAAGAUGUGGGACUUUCAAUGGUGUUUGUUCUUCUGUUUUGCUGUUUCUUGGGAAUGACCCUGGAAGAUAGGAAGGUGAUCCAAGGAGUUCUUACUGGUUUGGGCCUUAAUUCAGCUUCCGAAGAUUUUGAUGAAAAUUUGCAGGUGGAGGUAUUAGCUAUCAAUUGCAGGCUUGAGUUGAUACAAGUGAAGCAAAUUUAUAAAUAUCUUGAUUUCAGUAACCCAGAUGCCUCUGGAACAAGAACCGGAAAACGUUUAAACGAUCAGGCUGUGAAAGAGGAAAAUGCUCGGAAAGCUAUCAGCAUCCUAGAUUCACAAAAAAGGCAAAAUCUUAUUAAAUGCUUCAAGGAGAACUAUAUCAUCUUUCCAAUCUCUGGUGAAGAUGCUAGUCCUGUGAGCUGGUUCCAUAAAAAGCCGAAUUCCCAGUUCUUAAAGUUGACGCACUCAGUUGAUUCAAGAAGGCUUCUUGCACAAGCUCCUGCUCAAUCUCCUUCACCUCAAUCUUUCGGCGCUAAAAUCCCUGGUCCAAAGCACACGGCUCCAACACCAGCAGACAAUUUUUUCAAUCCAAUCCCUGUUCCACCGGCAAAGAAUGGAGGUGGAGAUUCUGAGUCAGACACAGCAGCUGGCAAUGGCAGUAAUAGCCACAGCCAUACGACAAUUGUUGUUGCUGUUAUUGUUACUGCCCUCGUAACAUUUUUUGUGGCUUUAUGUUUAUUUAUAUGCUGUCGCAAGGCUUUUGGUGGAGGUUCGAAAUUGGAACAUAAGGAUGACAGGCCCCUUCUUAGCUUAAGCUUGAGUGAUGCUAUUGGUUCUUCUCCCAAAACUUGGACCUAUGAGAAUUAUGUUCAAAAAGACAAGAUGGGCAAUUAUUCGUUUACUAGCAACUUGAAUAGUAUGUCUUCUAGUGUUAUGUUAUCAACGGAAUCUGCUGGCAAUGUGAUAGCUAGUGCAGCUUCAAUUAAUGCUUCGAACGUGUCUACCAAUAGUAACGUGUCUCUUGGGCUGAAGCCACCUCCUGGAAGAGCUGGUGUGCCUUUUUCGGGAAUGCCUUCUUUGAAACCUCCCCCUGGGAGAGCACAACCUCUGCCCCCUGAACCUCCUGCUUCCGUAAGGCCAACUUCAAGCACAGGAGGCCCUGCGCCUCCGAAACCUCCUGUAGCACCCCCGCCUCCUCCUGCAAAACCUCCAGCAGCAUCCCCUCCUCCUCCCCCACCUCCUAAAACACCAGGCCCACCUCCUCCCCCACCUUCUAAAACACCAGGCCCACCUCCUCCUGGACCUCCACCACCACCUAGACCCUGUAAACCUGGUUCUGGGCCUCCACCGCUACCAAACAAGGAUUCCAAACUCCCACCAAUUGCAGUCAAACCGGGCAGUAGUUUUGCUAACGAGGAUGAUGCUUCAAAAGCAAAACUAAAACCAUUUUUCUGGGACAAGGUUCAAGCUAACCCUGAGCAUUCAAUGGUUUGGGACCAACUCAAAUCAGGGUCUUUUCAGUUUAAUGAAGAGAUGAUAGCAUCUUUAUUUGGUUAUGCUGCGACUGAGAACAAAAAUGACAAAACGAAACAGUCUUCCUCCCGCGAUCCACCAUCAAAAUUCAUCCAACUUAUAGACCAAAAGAAGGCUCAAAAUCUUUCUAUCCUCUUGCGGGCACUAAAUGUAACUACUCAUGAAGUCCGUGAUGCUCUGCUGGAAGGGAAUGAACUUCCCUCGGAGCUCCUUGACACUUUGUUAAAGAUGGCUCCAACCACAGAGGAAGAACUAAAAUUGAGACUUUUCAAUGAUGAAAUCUCUCAGCUUGGACCGGCUGAGCGAUUUUUAAAGGUCUUGGUGGAUAUCCCAUUUGCCUUCAAACGACUUGAGACAUUACUUUUUAUGAGUAUUCUUCAGGAAGAGGCUACGUCAGUAAAUGAAUCGUUCGUAACUUUAGAGGCUGCUUGUAAGGAACUCAGAAACAAUCGCCUUUUUCUGAAGCUUCUAGAAGCUGUCCUGAAGACAGGGAACCGUAUGAAUGACGGAACAUAUCGUGGAGGCGCACAAGCGUUCAAGCUGGAUACACUGCUGAAAUUGGCUGAUGUCAAAGGGACAGAUGGCAAGACCACACUUCUCCAUUUUGUUGUUCAGGAAAUAAUCCGUUCAGAAGGUGUGAGAGCUGCUCGUGCUAUGCAAGACCGUCAAAGCUUUUCCAGCGUCAAAUCGGAAGAUCUUUUGGAAGAUGUCCCUGAAGAUUCCGAAGAACACUACCGCAAUCUUGGUCUUCAGGUCGUUUCAGGAGUAGGUGAUCAGCUUGAAAACGUCAAGAAAGCAGCAAGUUUGGAUUCUGAUUCUUUAACGGGAACUGUUGCUAGACUCGGAAAUGCUUUACUGAAAGCAAAGAAUUUUCUCAAUAAUGAAAUGAAAGACCUGGACGAAGUCAGCGGAUUCCAUGAAGCCCUUAAAGGCUUUGUAGCGCAUGCCGAGGGCAAUAUCAUGGGUUUAUUGGUGGAAGAAAAGAAGAUUAUGGCUCUUGUUAAGAGUACUGCAGAUUACUUCCAUGGAAACUCCGGAAAGGAAGAAGGGUUACGCUUGUUUGUAAUAGUUCGGGAUUUUAUAAUUAUGCUGGACAAAGCAUGCCGAGAGGUGAAACAGAGACCAUGGUGGCCUGCCAAAAAUCAGAAGAAAAAGGAGCCUCCUUUGAGGCAAAUGUCUACUGAAACACCUCGAACACCAUUUCCUCCUGAUUUUCGCCAAAAACUUUUUCCCGCUAUUGCAGAGAGACGGGUGGAGAAUGGUUCUAGCUCAUCAGAUGAGGAUUAAGGGCUGGUCAGGUACUUGGCUAUUGAAGAGAAUUUUUGCCACAACCAUCUAUUGUUGUCCUUUGGUGUGGCUGGGGAGAGGUUUUCCCAAUAAGGGAAGUUUGUCAUCAGAAAGACAAGCUAAGCACCAAGGAUAGGCCUUCUAUUGAGCACGAGAUCGAGGUUUUGGCUUCUACCAAUGAGGUAUGGUAAGAAGACGACUUUCCCUCUACCAACAGCAAAGAAAUAUCAUCAUCAUCAUUCCAAUGAUUCCCGCUCAAAGGAGGAUUUGGGGAUGGUGGGAAAGAAGACAGACCAGUACCUUCAUCACGAAUAAGUCGUGAUUGAAGAGAGUCCCUCCAGCAGCAAAGAAAUAUGCAGUUUAAUAUUUGAAUUAGAGCUGCUGGCAUCAGUCACACUCAUGCUAUGUUAUCUGCUUGUGGUAUAUAGAUUCUUUGGUUAAUUGCUAUGUUUUGUUGGUUGGAUUGAUUCCCUUUAGCACACUUCCUGAAAAGUGAAUUGUAAACUCAUAUUUAUGCUCAUUUGGGGGGUCACUGGUUUUGCCUAAUUAAAUUUGGUUUGUUUGGUAGUACCAUUUUUUUUUAAUAAGAAAAUUAUUUGCCAGGAAAAAAAAUCUCAAUCCUAAAGAAUUUUGUGUAAGGAUGGGUAUGGGUCUUCGAUCCUCAGGCUCUAGAACCGACUGGAUUUUAAUUUAAGAGUCUUAUAUUCACCUAUUUUUUGACCCAAUGAAUUUGGGUUGGAUUUGGGUCUUGGAUUUGGAUCCAUAACCAUAAGGUUUGGGUUUGGGUCCACACAUUUGAAACUCAAAUCUAACUCAUAGACCCAUUUACAUCCUUUUAAAAUUAUAUAUUAGCU